AUGUCGAAAGGACGCCCUCAUGAGAUGAUAGUAGUUGAUGAUUGGCUGAUUCGUGUGACUCCCGAAGCGAGAAAAUGGAACGCGCCGAGACUCAAACGUAAGAUUGACAAAUUGCUCAGGAAGAUUGGCAACACGUCGCAGGUUGUUACUUUGGCGGAGGUCCAGAAGAUAAUAGACACCUCAGCAAAGAUCCAGGACAAACCCGUUUCUAAAACUCCACAGGGCAGACAUAUGCAGGAGGAAGAUGAAAUAACGCCGCCUGAGGCGGCCAUCAAGAUUACCAACCAACAGCCUACGCCUGAAACGAGCCUUGAUAGCGAAGCAAAGGCCGAGCUGCGACGGAAAGCCCUCGAUGCACCCGGCCUCAAGCAUGGGGUUCAGCAGAGUGGAACGACUGAGAAGGGAACAUCCGCUACACCAGUAGGAAGUCGUGACCAUUAUGACGAGAACUGGCUCAAAAACUGGCUCAUCCAAAACGACAUGGCAACCCCUGAUGACCUGAAGAUGGUUUCGUACCGCGGCUGGCGCAUUCAUUCGCCCAAGAUCACGCUCAUUCGUAUCAAAAACUUUCUGGCCGAUGAGGAUCUCGACCGCACUCUACUUUGGACGAGCCAAUGUAGUGAGAUCCUCCUCUACCUACAACAUCUACAGGAGAACGUAUACGAUGGGCAGGACUGGGGAUACGACCUUGACGAGGUCAUCAACAUGCUCCAGACACACUGGCUGUACGAGCAGCACCACUACAAAGAGCCGGAGCUCAUCCUCAGCUUUGAACCGGUUGAACAUCCCAAACGGCUGCAAGCACCUCCCAACGCACCCAUCAUCAUCAUUACUGAUAGUGAGGAGCAAACGGGACCGCUCAAGCCGCGAUACUUACAACACCGCGUCCCUGAAUCGGUCCAUGAUGUGGACUUUCAGAUCCCCGGCCCCCUGCUGCGCACCCGUUUUCUGACCUGGUUCCGAGAGGACCUGACGCGCCUGUGGCACUUUGAUGACCCGGCGAGGCCCCUUGUCGGCGGCAUCGGCUCGGGCGCUCGCGGAGACAGCAUGUUUGAGUAUGGCUACAACCCAGACUUCAACUCAGCCGAGGUGGCCGACGACCGAUUCGUCAAGUGCAUGUCCCUGGGCACUUCCGAGACGGCCCGCACCCUUCGCGAGGAGUCCAACUUUUACCUGGCCCACAAGGACUUCAUUGUGGGCAAAGAGGGAGUCCUGUUGCCAACCGGCCACGCCGUGCGGCGCUUUGCCGACUUCCGCGGCGCCAAGAGGGCCGCGCUGCAGCAGUGCAUCGAGCACUUUGGGAUCGUUGACGGCGACGUCGAUGCCGCGGACGCCGGCGCGGAGCACUUCCGCAAGCUCGUCCUGCCGACGCCCUGGCGCGAGAAGGAGCGCAUCCGGGCCGAGGCGCAAAAGAUCACCGUCUUCCCGCCGCUGGCGCUCAAGGAGCCGCCGGCUGGGGAGAAGAUUGACCCCUUUGGGUUCGUGUACUGGCACGACCAGAUGCUGCGGAACCACGAGGAGCGCGCGCGCAACGUCAUACCGAGCAUGCAACAGGGCCACGCCAAACGCUUCGCCGCCGACAAGCUCUCUGUCUUGCCGAGCUGGAACUUCAUGGGUCCGUUCAACCCGACCCUCGUUGAGGUCGCCAACCGCAGGGCGCCACGAAAGCUACUCGAUGAUAUACUCGAGAACUUUCGCCUCGGCUGUGAGGUUGGAAAGCCGGCGCAGGACGUCUUAGACGAGCUCGACCGGCAGAAGAAAGACCUACCAACUGGCGAAGCGUAUCGUCCCAUCUCGCCCGAUGACCACCACUGGAUGAGAUUUGUCGUGGGGCCAUCGACAAAUGACCUGCUGAUGGAGGAGAUCAAAGACAACUUCGAGUACUGGCGAUUUGACGUCUUUAGCGAGCGCCUGCAGGUACUGCUCAACGAUCCCUAUGAAGACGCAUUGCUCGCAAGGGCGGGCCAGUACAGGACGUUGGAGCAGAUAUGCCAUGAGAUCAACAGCUUCGCGGCCACCAACCCGCUGCAGGAGGCGCUGUAUUCGAAAGAAGAGGCGGAAGAAUACUGCGACUAUUUGGUCUCGACAGGUCGACUCUCGCAGUCCCGCAGCGGCAAGGACAAGUCGAUCCUCUUCGGCCGCCCAGAGCUGCCUUAUCAUCCGGAGCUCCGCAUCAACUUUUACGUGCCCUCUAUUCACGUCAACCCCCUCUUCCCGUCGCGGCCAGAACAGGAACUGCCGGCGCCAGAGGCGCCCCUCCUCGACUGGAAGGCCGCUCUCGUCGCUGCUCUGCCGCUGAUCGCCUCAUUCAUCGAUGCGUCGGGCCCAUCGCACGAGGAACGCGUCUCCCUGGCUUACCGCACCCUCGCCUACCGCCUCGGCAGCUGGACCGUCAUCUUGGAGGGCGAGGUCGAGACGGCAUACGCAGAACUCAAGGCUCAAGGUGCGGACCAGGGUUUCAGCAUCCCGGUGGACCGGUACCGCGUCCAGAUCGAUGACCUUCACGGUAUUUGGCGCCAGGAGGUCACGUCACAGGUUGAUGAAGUCGGCGCCGUCAGCUACGCCAGCGUUGCGAAGGCGGCAGAUCCCGGAGCGGCGCACAACUGGGAAGACUGGGCAAGUGGCACGUGGCAUCCCGAAGCCAUCGAGGCUGUCCGCACAGGGCUGAUCAAGGAGCUCUCGGAUGGAGACAACAUGCUCUGGCCUGUGAGGCCGCGGUGGGAAGGGGAGCCUGGCAAGGAGACGAUGACGCUGGCGAGGGAGGAUAUCUGGGACUUUGGCCGUCAGGGCGUCAGAGGCGGGAACAAGCAGAAGAAGCAGUUCUUCAGCCUUGACAAGUGGCCGCUGCACCUCCAGAGCGAGGUGACGCAGAGGAAGAUUCGCGCAUCAGGGCCCAAUCCCUUGCCGCCGCGACAUGACGAGAACGACGCGGGCAAGGGGAAAAGUAAAAAGAGUACAUCACGGGGAGUGAAGGCGAGCGUAACUCUAGAAGAUGAGACGGCUGUCGAAACGGGGGUUCAAGAUACGGAACCAGCCGUAGUCGAUAGCUCAGAAGAUGAGCUUGGCCUGAAACUACACUUGGCGGCCGAUCCAAAGCGGCAGUUCAUCGCCGACGUGUCUGGCUACCGCAAGGGUGACACGCCACGGCAAAAGGCAGCAGUUGACGAAGCUAUAUUGGACGAGAUGAGAGAAGGCAAGUGA